CCUUCAUCCCACACGGACGUGGACAACCCGCCCACUUCUCUCCGCCUCCACUCCUACCUCCGCUGUUAGGCUGCCGGUCCGCGCCGCGGCCGACAGAGGGCGUAGAAUGGAAGGGUUUCCCGCACGGAGAGCUUUGCAUAGGGCACCGCGCAGGGCGGGGCCUGCAGGGGUCUCUGAGCGGCAGAGCCGGGCCGGCCGGCGGACGGAACGCGGCUGCUGGGCUGGGGCUGGCAGCGGCGGCCGGAGCGGUUUGGACGGCGCACGGGGCAAAGAUGGCGGCGGAGCGACAGGAUGCGCUGAGGGAAUUCGUGGCGGUGACGGGCGCCGACGAGGACCGGGCCCGCUUCUAUCUCGAGUCGGCCGGCUGGGACCUGCAGAUCGCCCUAGCAAGCUUUUAUGAGGAUGGAGGGGAUGAAGACAUUGUGACCAUUUCGCAGGCAACCCCCAGUUCAGUGUCCAGAGGCACAGCCCCAAGUGAUAAUAGGGUGACAUCCUUCAGAGACCUCAUUCAUGAUCAAGACGAUGAAGAGGAGGAGGAAGAGGGCCAGAGGAGCAGGUUUUAUGCUGGGGGCUCAGAGAGAAGUGGACAGCAGAUUGUUGGACCUCCCAGGAAGAAAAGUCCCAACGAGCUGGUGGAUGAUCUCUUUAAAGGUGCCAAGGAGCAUGGAGCCGUAGCUGUGGAGCGAGUGUCCAAGAGCCCUGGAGAGACCAGUAAACCGAGACCCUUUGCAGGGGGUGGUUACCGGCUCGGGGCAGCACCAGAAGAAGAGUCUGCAUACGUGGCAGGAGAAAGGCGGCGGCAUUCUGGCCAAGAUGUCCAUGUGGUGUUGAAGCUCUGGAAGAGUGGAUUCAGCCUGGACAAUGGCGAGCUCAGAAACUACCAAGACCCAUCCAAUGCCCAGUUUCUGGAGUCUAUCCGCAGAGGGGAGGUGCCAGCAGAGCUGCGGAGGUUAGCUCAUGGCGGGCAGGUGAACUUGGACAUGGAGGACCAUCGGGACGAGGACUUCGUGAAGCCCAAGGGAGCCUUCAAAGCCUUCACUGGCGAGGGUCAGAAACUGGGCAGCACUGCCCCCCAGGUGUUGAAUACCAGCUCUCCAGCCCAGCAGGCAGAAAACGAAGCCAAAGCCAGCUCCUCCAUCUCAAUCAACGAGUCAGAGCCUACCACAAACAUCCAGAUACGGCUCGCCGAUGGCGGGAGGCUGGUGCAGAAAUUUAACCACAGCCACAGGAUCAGCGACAUCCGGCUCUUCAUCGUGGACGCCCGGCCGGCCAUGGCUGCCACCAGCUUUGUCCUCAUGACUACCUUCCCAAACAAAGAGCUGGCUGAUGAGAGCCAGACCCUGAAAGAAGCCAACCUGCUCAACGCUGUCAUCGUGCAGCGGUUAACAUAACCAGCCGCCUCGUACCCUCCUGUGUCUCCCCACAGCCCUCAGCCAGGCUGCGGUGGAGUCGCCCCUCUUGCCCCUUGUACACACCCAGCAGUCCAGUGCCACGUCUCUCUCCGUAGCUCUGGGUUCUUAGAUCUCAGUUGGACAUUUGUUUUCUCCUUAGUUGCAUUUUCUGGGUUUUUGUGAUGAUCAGUGGACUUUAAAGAAAAAAAUAAAAACAACCAAAAAAAUUGAAGGACUAUCACCA